AGGAGCAGUGACCACAGGCCCCCACUGUAGGCAGGUGGGAGGAGGCUGACUUAAAAGGCAGUUGGGCCUCUGGCCGAAGCACUCAGCUCUGCACCCAGCCACUGCCACCCUCAGGCUGUAGGAACACUCAGACUUCCGGACCAGCUCAGGGCGGGUGCCAUGUGAGCCCAGCUUGGCUCUCCUCCUGCCAGCCCUCCUUUUAUUCCUCCUGCCCAUCUCUGCCUAUCCAGCUUCUCCAAAGAGGGAAACUUGGCACAAUGUCUCUACUCAACCCUGUCCUGCUGCCCCCCAAGGUGAAGGCCUAUCUGAGCCAAGGGGAGCGCUUCAUCAAAUGGGAUGAUGAGACGACGGUGGCCUCCCCAGUUGGGGCCAAGAGGAGAGAGUCACAUGCAUUGCCACAGAGUCAGAAGCUCCGGGAUGUCUUCAACAUGGACUUCCCUGACAACAACUUCCUGAUGAAGACACUCACCGUGGUAUCUGGUCCUGACAUGGUGGACCUUACCUUCCACAACUUUGUCUCCUACAAGGAGAAUGUGGGCAAGGACUGGGCUGAAGAUGUGCUGGCUCUGGUCAAGCACCCGCUGACGGCUAACGCCUCCCGCAGUACCUUCCUGGACAAGAUCCUGGUGAAGCUCAAGAUGCAGCUGAACCCUGAAGGGAAGAUUCCUGUGAAGAAUUUUUUCCAGAUGUUUCCUGCUGACCGCAAGCGGGUAGAAGCCGCCCUCAGUGCCUGCCACCUCCCCAAAGGCAAGAAUGACACCAUCAAUCCUGAGGACUUCCCAGAAUCUGUCUAUAAGAGUUUCCUCAUGAAUCUUUGUCCUCGGCCAGAAAUUGAUGAGAUCUUCACUACCUACCAUGCCAAGGCCAAACCCUACAUGACCAAGGAGCACUUGACCAAAUUUAUCAACGAGAAACAGAGGGACUCCCGCCUCAACUCCUUACUGUUCCCGCCAGCGCGGCCUGACCAGGUGCAGGGCCUCAUCCACAAGUAUGAGCCCAGUGGCAUCAACGUGCAGAGGGGCCAGCUGUCACCCGAGGGUAUGGUGUGGUUUCUCUGUGGGCCGGAGAACAGCGUGCUGGCCCAGGACAAGCUGCUGCUCCACCACGACAUGACGCAGCCACUCAAUCAUUACUUCAUCAACUCCUCCCACAACACCUACCUGACAGCUGGCCAGUUCUCAGGCCUUUCCUCGGCUGAGAUGUACCGCCAGGUGCUGCUGGCUGGCUGCCGCUGUGUGGAACUGGACUGCUGGAAGGGGAAGCCCCCUGAUGAGGAGCCUAUUAUCACCCAUGGCUUCACCAUGACCACAGACAUCUACUUCAAGGAAGCAAUUGAAGCGAUUGCAGAAAGUGCCUUUAAGACCUCCCCCUACCCUGUCAUCCUGUCAUUUGAAAAUCACGUGGAUUCACCCCGCCAACAGGCCAAGAUGGCUGAGUAUUGCCGGAUGAUGUUUGGCGAUAUGCUGCUCACAGAGCCCCUGGAAAAGUUCCCACUGAAACCAGGCACCCCCUUGCCCAGCCCUGAGGAUCUCCGUGGCAAGAUCCUCAUCAAAAACAAGAAGAACCAGUUUUCUGGGUUAGCUUCCCCCUGCACCGAGCCGGGUGGGGAGGCUGAGGGCAGCUGCCCACCCAAUGCCCCUGUGGGUGAGGACACAGUGUGGGCCAGUGAGGAAGGGGCUCAGCUGGAGGAGGAAGAGGAAGAGGAAGAGGAAGAGGAGUCAGGAAGUCUGGAUGAAGAAGGGAUAAAGAAGAUGCAGUCAGAUGAGGGCACAGCGGGCCUGGAGGUAACAGCUUACGAGGAGAUGUCCAGCCUAGUCAACUACAUCCAGCCUACCAAGUUCAUCUCCUUCGAGUUCUCUGCCCAGAAGAACCGAAGUUAUGUCAUCUCCUCCUUCACAGAACUCAAGGCUUAUGACCUGCUCUCCAAGGCCGCAGUGCAGUUUGUGGACUACAACAAGCGCCAGAUGAGCCGCAUUUACCCCAAGGGUACCCGCAUGGACUCCUCCAACUACAUGCCCCAGAUGUUCUGGAAUGCUGGUUGCCAGAUGGUCGCACUCAACUUCCAGACGAUGGACCUGCCGAUGCAGCAGAACAUGGCACUGUUUGAGUUCAAUGGGCAGAGCGGCUACCUCCUCAAGCAUGAGUUCAUGCGUCGACCAGAUAAGCAGUUCAACCCGUUCUCAGUGGACCGCAUCGAUGUGGUGGUAGCCACCACCCUUUCCAUUAAGGUAAUCUCUGGGCAGUUCCUGUCAGAGCGCACUGUGCGUACCUAUGUGGAAGUGGAGCUGUUUGGCCUUCCUGGCGACCCCAAGAGGCGCUAUCGCACCAAGCUGUCACCCAUUGCCAACUCCAUCAAUCCUGUCUGGAAGGAGGAGCCCUUUGUCUUUGAGAAGAUCUUGAUGCCUGAGCUGGCCUCUCUCAGGGUGGCUGUGAUGGAGGAAGGCAACAAAUUUCUUGGACAGCGCAUCAUCCCCAUCAGUGCCCUGAAUUGCGGAUACCACCAUCUGUGCCUGCACAGUGAGAGCAACAUGCCCCUCACCAUGCCUUCGCUCUUGGUCCUCCUGGAAAUGAAGGACUAUGUACCUGACACCUGGGCAGAUCUUACCGUGGCCCUCGCCAAUCCCAUCAAGUUCUUCAACGCCCAUGAUAAGAAGUCUGUGAAGCUCAAGGAAGCCAUGGGAAGCCUGCCUGAGAAGCCCUUCCCUCCUGAGAGUCCAGUUGCUAGCCCAGUCAAUGGGACAACUGCCCCAAUCAGCAACGGGUCAGCAGCAGUUGGGGCCAGGACCAGGGAGGAGGCCACGAAAAAAGCUGAGGAGCCGCGGACCACCAGCCUGGAGGAGCUGCGGGAGCUGAAAGGCGUCGUGAAGCUGCAGCGGCGGCACGAGAAGGAGCUGCGAGAGCUGGAGCGGCGCGGCGCGCGGCGCUGGGAGGAGCUGCUGCAGCGGGGCGCGGCACAGCUGGCCAUGCUUGGGCCAUCGGGCACCGGGGGCUGCCCCGGGGGCCGCAAGCUAGGCCCCGGCAAGGGCUCCCGCAAGAAAAGGACCCUGCCCUGUGAGGAGACCGCCAGGGCCACGCCAGAAGAGGGUCCCGAGGGCGCGGACACACGCGUGCGCGAGCUGAGGGACAAGCUGGAACUGGAGCUGUUGCAGCAGGGCGAGGAGCAGUAUGAGUGCCUCCUGAAGCGCAAGGAGCAGCACUUGGCCGAGCAAAUCGCCAAGAUGAUGGAGCUGGCCAGAGAGAAACAGGCUGCAGAGCUUAAGACCCUCAAGGAGACUUCAGAGACUGACACUAAAGAAAUGAAGAAAAAGCUGGAGGCCAAGAGGUUGGAGCGGAUCCAGGCCAUGAUCAAGGUCACCACGGACAAAAUGGCCCAAGAGAGGUUGAAGAGAGAGAUUAACAACUCCCACAUCCAGGAGGUGGUGCAGGUCAUCAAACAGAUGACAGAGAGCCUGGAGAGACAUCAGGAGAAGCUGGAGGAGAAGCAGGCAGCUUGCCUGGAACAGAUCCGGGAGAUGGAAAAGCAGUUCCAGCAGGAGGCACUGACAGAGUACGAGGUCAGGAUGAAGGGCCUGGAGGCGGAGGUGAAAGAGUCGGUGAGGACCUGCCUCAGGGCCUGCUUCCCUUCUGAGGCAGAGGACAAGCCUGAGAGGACCUGUGAGGCCUCUGGGGAGCUGUGUGAGCUGGACCCACUUACAGCAAAGACAGACACCCAGGAGAGCCAUCUCUGAUACCCCCAGCCAACUGAGACAUUCUGCAAAGAGGUUCGCCCUUCUCUGCAACAAGACUCCAUCCACCUAAGAGGAAAGGCCCCAGCAGCCCCAGCACCCUGAGGCUUUGGGAAGCUGGGGCUUCCUUGGAGCCUAGAGCCCCCUCCUCAAUAACCAGGCCAGAGUAGGAGGCAGGGACCAGAUACCAUCAAGGCAGGGGACCAUCAGGGGCAUAGAGGUCGUCUCCAAGCUGAUUUCCUGCUCCUCAUCCUUCUCUCCCACCUUGAAUAAGUCAUAUAUUUGUUGAGGGCAAAAGAAUAUGGAUUGGGAGGCAGGAAAUGGGGUCCUGGCCCUGCUCUGCCUUUCUUAAUAUGCAACCGGUGGUGCCCUACUCUGGACUCAGUUUCCUCACCUGGAGGGUUAGGCCUGGCCACCUGAAACCUCCACCCUAGCACCUGUAGAUUAAGCAGGACCAAAUUCCAAACCCUCUUGCCAUAAGGCAGGCAGCUCACCCAGGCUUCUAGGCCCCAUCUUGAGCCUGCCCUGAGAUGGCCUUGUUGUCAGCUUCCUGAUAUAGAGCCUGGCACGACCUCCAAGCAUCCUGAGGUCUGGACAGGUUGCCCCUACGAUUUCGGGCUGAGGUCUCUUCCCUGGCUUCCUGCCUAUGGGGGCUGGGAGGCUGACAUGGAAAAGCUGCCUAAGCUGCCUGGCCCUCAGGCCGCUGAGACAUCUGGGGCUGGGGCUGGUGGUGAGGGGAGGACAGCCUUUUGGGCGCUCUCCCACCCGGAGCCUGGCUCACCUGUUUUCCUAGGCCUGGGGGGAGGUACUUCCUAGAAUGUAUCCCCAACCAGGCUGCCUGACAACAGUCAGCAUCGUUAUCUCCCCUGACUUUAUGAGGUUUAUUUAUUUUUUUCCUUCUUACUCUUACUAAAGGACCUUGUCCCAAUAUUUCCUGCCUAAGCCUGGCCUCUGUUCUACAGUUAAAAAAUGGGGGGCAGGGGAGUAGACUGCCCCAAAAUGAAGUGGGCUGAAGGAAAAUUGUCGGGAGCUGAACCCCAGGGUGAUGUGUCCUCUAGAGCCCAGCAGAAUAGCCCUGCCUCCAGACUUGGAGGGGAUUCACUUCCCUUUCUGCCGGCCCUGAUGCCACAACCACUGGAAAAUGAUGUCACCCCUGUUCUCCACCCCCACCCAGAUGUGGCCCUUCCUUGUUUCUACCCUCAGGGCUAGAGCAGAAGAGCCUAGUGCAAAGGUGUCCCCCACCCUCUUGGGGAGUUGCAAACCUUCAGGCUACCUGCAUCCCUUUAGGCAAACUUAGAGUGGUCAGGUUCUCGCGCCUCUGUGGCAGUUAUGUUUGACCCCAACACUGUAGAGGGGCUUGUGGGAAGCCAUUCACUGGACCUAUGGCACAGUCCCAAAUCCCAAAUGGGGACAGACACUGGCUUGGGAAAGGCAGGGUGGGGGUUGAUUCUGGGAAGAGGUUGUUUUCUUAUCAGAGAGUUAUAGCAAAUGCUAUUAACUAUGACCACCUGUGCCUUCGGAAAAUAAACAGGACUCCCCCAUC